UUUUCUAAAUCUACUUUUACAAAUCACUUGCAGGAGCACUAAAAGUGUUAAGUAGCGUUUAAAAUGUACAGAGGAAGUUGAAUUUUGACUAAUACUAUUCUAAGUUUAGUGAAUGAGUUUGUUUAUUUAUUGAGGUUAUGUUGCACUCACCGGUCCUCAGUUGUAGCGCCGCCGGAAAUGGAGAAAUCCGGAGGAAAAUUUGUUUUAGAAUGGGAAACGCACUCUAAACAGAUCUCUAAAGGUUUGUGCAUGUUGAUGGAAAGACAGUGUUUGGUUGAUAUAGCUGUGUGCUGUGGGAGUAACACAUUGCAUGCUCAUAAAUGUGUCCUGGCAGCAAGCAGUAGUUAUUUUAAAGAACACCUUGAAAACAAAGCUAUUGAACAGGUGGUAAUAAAUGGUUUAGAUUUUGCAGUGAUGAAAUCCUUGAUUGAGUUCAUGUAUUGUGGAGAAUGCUCUUUUUCUGAAGACCAUCUGAAGCAUUUUAUUGCAGCAGUAAAAUUUUUUAAGAUUGUUGCACUGGAAAAUGUUUUUGCUGAGAAUGAAUAUCAGAAUGUUGCAGCUGACGAAGUGUGCAUUCCUCCUCCGCAAUUUAUAUGCAAACCCCCAAAGUACCCAACCGUUUACAAACCUUUUACCAGCGCGUCCUUGCCUCCAAAAAUAAAUUACGCCCUAAGCAAUGCGUACAGCCAGCAUAAAUUCAAGCGAAAAUGCCUUGGGAGCGAAGCUGAAAAAGCUUGUGCCAAAGAGGCCCAGGCGAGUCGGGUCGCUUUGGCUAAUUUGCGAAAAGUAAUGGCUAGCACACCGCAAGUUCAUUCUUUCAUUGUAGAGGAGUCAUUCAAUGAAACAACAGUCGAGAAUUUCAUCCCAAACGUAGAAGAAAAUUACGUCGAAAAUAUCCAUGAGGUGCAGUUCGUUAAUGGGAAUUCGCCUCAAGUGGCCACAAAUGGCAAAUCCCUUAGUGUGAUCCCGGUUUCCAGCACUCAGGGUCUAACAACCGAUAAAAUCAAACAUAUUUUGGGGAAUGAUAAGGUGGAAAUUAUGUUCCAAACAAGCGACGGAAAUUUCGUGAACCUUUCCGAUGAGGUGUUGCUGAACUUAUCCAAGGGCGGCAUCCAAUAUCAGGUUGUGGAUGAAAACGGCCACAUCGGGGAAGUUCAGGAAUUGAAGACUCUCGACAACGCCAGCAUCCCUAAUAAAGCCGCCAACAUGGAAUCAUUCCACGAUGAUUCCAGUUUAAAAAGAGAGGAAAAUUUUGAUUUGCAGAUUGUGAAAAACCCAGAAGAAAUCGAUAAACUCGCGAAGGCUAUACCAGAGGAGUACAUUGAUCCCAGCUUUUCCAGCGCUGCUUGCAACAAAAAUAAUAUCGAGACGUUACAGUUACACGAAGGUUUCAGUGAAGACAUUUACGAGAACAGCUUCCACAUGCAAAGCUCCGAAAUUUUCGAACCUGAAAAUCUGAGCAUGCAUUCCGACUUGAUGGAGCACAAUCCGAUGGAAUUCGCUACUGUCAAUGAUUUGAAAUACAAGUAUGUAGCAAAAAUUAAUUCUUUGAAAAAUUCGAGUGACACUAUUACUCUGAGUCAUCACGACAUCAUAACUAAAGUCAAUGGCGAUACAAAUCAAGAUUCUUCAGGUGAAUCUAAUGAGGUGUUGGUUAUGGAGACGGAUACGGUUAAAACCACUCAGAAUAAAUCAUCUUUGAAGUUUACACCGGACAUGUUUUUUGCUGAGCUCCCAGGUAAUACAUGUACGGAAGAUAAAUCCGAGAUUCCUGCUGAGAGUGAUGGUGCAAAAUAAAUUGUUCUUUAAAUUAAUGUUCACUUUUUAUGCUUGAGUUUUUAAAAGUUUGUGUUGUUUUUUUUUCCCUUUCAAAGUUUAGGUGUUGUUUUUCUUUAAUAGUUUAAUAAAUUGGUUAUUUUUUGUA